AUGUUAAGCCAACCAUCCAGCUUCACUGACGUCAUCAAAUCGAAAUUCCUAGCCAUACUGUUCGACCAAUUGGAGGUGAGAUCAGUUGCCAUGGUGACGCAGACCAUGCUGUCACUCUACAGUUAUAACGCCACCACUGGAGUAGUCUUGGACGUUGGGGAGAAAAUCGAAGUACUUCCGGUCGUAAACGGUUACGUAGUUGAAGGUGGCGUGAUGAGGCUGCCCCUGGGAGGUCAAAGGUUAUGCGAGGUCAUGAACUCUUACCUCAUCAAUAGGAAGGUCAGAUUCGCCUCAAAUGCCGAAUUCCUAUUGGCCAGAUAUGCCGUAGAGAAGUUAUGCUUCGUGUCGAUGGAUUACACUGACGAUCACGAGCAGUGCCUGGAGUCCUCACAAGAUUUCAAAUCCACCGUGCCUUUGCUGGGGCCGUUGACCUCUGACCUUGGCCGUUUCAAAAGCCCCGAGGGGUUUUUCAACCCUGAAAUCUGGGGCGUCGAUAAUGAUUCCGUGCAGAAACUCGUCCUCAGGUCCAUAGGUCAGUGCCCUAUUGACAGCAGGAGGCAGAUGUGGAGGAACAUAUAUUUGACCGGCGGUGUCACCAUGCUACCGAAUUUUAAAGAGAGACUUCAACUAGAGCUGAAUAGGUUGACCCCCGAUAACGUUGUUGUGCAGGUGCAUGCGUCCUGGUUCCGGUAUCAUAGUUCGUACGUCGGUGCAUGCGUACUGGCGAACUUGGAGUCCUUUCAGCGUUCAUGUGUCAAUAGGGAAGAGUGGAUGAGUUUGGGAGAUGGGUGUUUGAAGAAGAUGAGUGGAUACUGA